AUGCUAUGUCGGAAGCGAGUGUGGCCUGGCUGGUUCUUCUUGUUCGUCAUGUUCGCCGGGUCCAUCUUUGGCAUCACGUGGUUCUCCAUCAAGCUGUACAAAUCCGCCCAAAAGCAGCAAGAAAAGUCCGAGUUCAUCCUGAACCGCACGCCGCCCCCCAUCACUCCCCCCAAGAGUACGUGA